UGUUUAAAUGCCAGGCUUUUGAGAUGCAACAAAGGAGGCUUCCAUUUUUUAUUUUUUUUUCAAAUUUAUUAAAAUUUAACAAACGUUCUGUACAAUUCAAGUUAAAAUUCAAUUUCUUGCUUUCCAUCUAUUUGCUAAAGACAUUGUUUGCAGAGAGGUUACAAAGGAAUAAAACUUUUACUGUAUAAAAGUUUCAGACAGGAGAUGUGAAACAGAAAACUUAUAGCAUUACAUAUAUACUAUGGUAUUUGUAGCUUUUCUCCACAUAUACUAGUCAGUAUUGGUCUAAAACGUUCAGGUAUCGGCUUGAAAGCUGAAGAUGAAAGCGGAUUAAAUCUUUCAGAAUCCCUGCGAGUCCAAAUCAAUAAAAAAUGAUUUCAUUGCUAGAGUUCAAAGCUAAUUCAGUAAGAGAAUCUGAACUGUAAAGUCUUGACGUGGAAUGCUGACUCCUAUCAAAGAAGAAUAGAACCUGAAAUUAAAUCAAAAGGUGCUUCAACAAAGGUUUAUUUAUUUGAAUUAAGCAGAAUGAAUGUCACAUAAAACUUUGAAAAAACUUUGGAAAUGAUUUAUAUUGGUCUCAUUUUUUACAUCAUAUAUACCUGGAAUCUUAAAUGGGUGUGUACACUUUUGGGAGCCGCUGCUGUCGUCUACAGUUUAUCGCCAAAUAACAAUAAAUUAAGUUUAGAAAAACAAAUAUCAGACCUGUUGAAACGCAAUUGUGAGUUUUUUUUAUGGUGUUUCAUACAAAAGUUGAAAAUGUUCCCUACAAAAUGCAAAGCUGAGCAAAUCAUCUACAGUAUUAAAAUCAAUAGUUCCUCAUCAACUAAUCUUUCAUGUAGAUUUGUUAUGUGAUUUUAAUGAUAAUUAAAAUAAAAAAUUCUGAUAAACAUAAAAGGAAAGUAAAAUUGUGAUAAAUUUCUUGUCUAGGUUUUGAAUCUUCUCUAGGUUUGAAUCUUUAAUAUUGAAGAAAAGACCAGGAAAUACUACAUAAAUAUGCAAGUUUCCAACUCCAGUCCUCCAGAAUCACUGCCCUGAAACAUUUACAAGCAUCCUCAUCCAGCACACCUGACUCAAAUGUUUAAAUUACCUCCAUAUCUCAUCAAGUUCUGCAGAGGCCCGGUAAUGAGCCAUUCAUCAGCUGAGCUGAAAAAGUGUUGCAUCUAAUAGUGGAGGAUGACAGAUCUUGAAGUAAAGUUGGAGACGCACGGGUAGCCUGAUUUAUUUUGAAAGCUUAACAUUCCUUAUUGUUACACCUUUCUAAUCAAGCAAUCUUUGAUUUUCAAACCUUUCAGCUUCUGACCCACAGAAUGUUGCAGACAUUUAGCACUUCAGCAAUCUUAACUGAAACAUACAACCGAUGAUAACACCCCCAAAAUAUUGUGAGAAAUUGUGCUUUUUCAAUUCAGUUAAAAAAAGUUUAAUAAUCCUAAAGAGAAACUAAAUGUUGUAGCUUUUGAAGUCACUAGCUCUGUCACCCCAACAGAUCAUUUAACUUGAUUUAAGGAGAUUUCUUCAGUAUGACCUACAGUGGACCUCUUACCUUGACUUUGGGAUCUAGUAUCUUAAGUAUGAGUAAAAUAAAAUAGGUUAUUUUUGCUUUUUUUUUCCUCAUCAUUUUCCAUCUUUUAUCUUACUCACUCCUCCCUGAUAGAACAUGGAAAAUUCCUCUAAAAACUCAGUGAUACAGAGAUGUUCUAGGAGAAGAAGGCAGGUAAUGUCAUAUACAGUUCCAGUUCGAAGUUAACAUCCACUGAUGUUAGCAUGCAUCUCAUAAUAGAUUUGGACUUUUAAUAAAUGAUUUGAGCUGGGUUUUUUUUGUUUUUUUUAAUGCAUCUAUAUUGGUAGCCAAAAGACCCUCAUCAUGAUACUACCACCACCAUGCUUGACAGCUUGUACAGUGUUGUUUGAUUUUAAAGCCUAACCUUGAUUCUUUCAAACACACUUCUUGUAUAUUUAGCCACAGAGCUCAAUUUGUGUCAUGUCUUCUUCGUCAUCAGCCUCUCAGUCCAUGGUAAGACUGAACUUCACUUUUGACAAUGACCCUAAUGUUCCAGUGUCAUGGAAUGGCAGUCUUGAGCCUGGUUGAUUCCUGGGAUAUUCUCUAACACCUAACAAAUGUCCUUUAAUCUAAGGUGACAUUGUGGGUCAGAUGUUUAAACAUUAGUUGUAUAUAUGUGGAAUAUGUGCACAUGCCAAGUCAGUGCGCUAAAACCGAUUGGUUUUAAUGGACUUCAUCAAUUCUGCCAAUUAUAGAGCCCAAAUAUCCAGCCAGUGUUAACCCAGACGGUUGUUGAUGGCUACAAAAAGCAUGUGGUGGAGGUUCAGUUUGCUAAGGGACAUUAAGCAGAUAUUAUUGAGUAUGUUGUGGCUGUAUGCAAAAGAUGAUACUAAAUUCAUGCUAGAGACAGAUAAUGGCAGAAAAUAAUGAAUGCUGUAUUCAUACUUGUCCAACUUAAAAUUAAGGCAGUAGCUACACAAAAGGGACAAGUUUGCUGAGGGGAAAGGUUUGCUUUUAUCCACAAAAAGAAAUGAGAUCUUCCUUCAUUAGAGGGCAUAUAACAAAGCUGCUGUUUUUUUGUUUUUUUUUUACUUUUGUCCCAUAUUUGAAACUGUGCAUCUGAGUCAGAGGGAAAAGGUUUUGGCAAUUCCUUUCACAGCAAGAAAUUAAGAGAAAGUGAGAGUUCAGAGAUGAUUUAAUUUGAAACCACGAAACACACUCCUCCUGUCACAGUCAUCUGUCAACUUUUUUGUACACAGGCUGAACAGAUUGAAAAGAAGCCACACCUAAGUCAAAGGUUUAUUUAUAAGAAGUGGUCUCAUUACAGAAAUGCUCACUAAAUGUUAGGGGUCAGAUUGCAGGCUGGUAACUAUUAGGAAAAACCCCUAUUCAUACAUGAUUAUUAUAAACUUUUGUUCGUCAUGUUUAUCAAUUCUUCUUUCCUAAUCAAAUCCAGGGGUUUCUGUUUGUGAUUUUUUCCAGCUAAAAGGGAUCUAAUGUAUCAUUACGUAAAUCUAAACACUGUGUUGUUCCAAAGAAUUCUUAUGAUUGUGUUUUAGUGUCAUCAAUCCAACAAUUACAUGUCUUCAGUUCCCUUCCACAGACAUUUCUUGUGGUGCCCUCACUUCCCUUGCUGUGGUCAAGUGUGGCUGCUCAAUAAUCAAACACGCAAUUUUUAUUUGUUGUAAACAUGUGUUGCCUUCUGCAUGGCAGUGAGUAAGUUGACGCUACCAAGGAAACCAAUCACACAUCAAAUGUCAAAGGUGAAACCUUUGCUACUGAUUAACGAAACACAAACACACAAGUUGAUGGAUCUGCUUCUUGGUCCGACUGAAUGAAGAGACGUGGAAAUUUAACCCAUCCUCUGCAUAGACACUCUCACACACACACACACACACACACACACAUAGAAAGAAACACAAUGGGGUUUUUUGGUCUUCUGCUUCUGUGGUGCAUAAAUACUGCAGCGGCAUGCUGUGUGCAGACAGACAAGACAAACCCUCUCUUCAAUCUGCUGUCAAGUUCAACAUUUUGGAUCGAGCCACAGAGUCAAGAUGAAAUCGUUGCUCCUGUUGGUCCUGUGCGCUGGUCUGUGCUUUGCCAGCUCUGAUAUCCACCAACAUAACAUCCAGACUUUAAUGGACAAUGUUGUUGUGGUGCGAGUGCCUUAUGCUCAUGGCAGCAUGGUUGAAGUUCCCCUGACCUGUGGAGACACUUAUGAGCACAAAGAUGUGUUUUGGAAGAAAAAUGGGGAGGAACUGACACCAGCUCUGCAGGGGAACCAGAUAACAGUUUUGGUGAAAGAGAUGAAAGCAGGAAACUACUCCUGUCACCUCAGUUCCAGUGGAGAACACCUGAACUACACGCUGAUCCUGGUCCAGCUGGAACCAGACAACAGAACCGUCAUACUGGAGUGGAAUUCUCCCGAAGAAGGUCACAUCCACUGCUCAGCAAUGAACUACAAAGGCUCCUUCCACUGUACCUGGAAGAAAACGCAGCACAGAUCACAUGCUGCAGUGCUCCUGAUAAAGGCAAGCCGUUAUCUGGAUGAGAUUUCCUGUGUGGUGGAUGCUGAUGGAUCUGGGAUUCAGUGUCAGGAUGUCAACUGCCCUUACAAGGAGGAAAACAACCCCAUCCACCUCACCAUUUACAUGCACAGCUCCUCUCGUCUGGAGGCCUACACAAAGUCAUUCUACUUGAGAGAGAUCGUAAGGCCAGAAAAACUCCCCAACCUGCAAAUUAGUAACGGCCAGGUGUUCAGCUGGGCCUACCCAGACACAUGGGAAAAGCCUCGCACCUUCUUCAGCCUCCACUUCCAUGUCAAAGUUGUCCACAAUGGACAAUCCUGUAACAGCGACAAGAACAUAUUGGAUAAAUUCACAGAAGAAACCAAGUAUGACGUCAAUGUCAAAUCUAAGAAGUAUGUUUUCUGUGUAAGAGCUCAGGACAAAUAUGCCCAGGGACCAUGGAGCCAAUGGAGUCAGUGCAUAGUGAACAAAACAGAAGUGAACUGCCAACUCCUCUAACUACCAGCUAUACAAUGAAAGAGGAAAAACUGGAUGGAUGUAAAACCCUCACCUUUUUUUAAAAAAUCAGGUUAUUUUAUUUUUUUUAGUCUCGUUCAAAGUGAAGGCAAUGUAUAAUGUACAGUAUUUAUUCAUCCUUUAUUUAAGUUACUUUUAUGAGUUUAUAGUGGAUAACAACUUUUGUGAAUAACUAAAAUCAAAUACUGUUCCCCUUUUUGUAACUAUUUUUUUAAAAGUUUUUCAAAAAAGCUUUGUCUUUAUAUUUCAUAAUAAAAUCCAAGCAUCUCAA